UAAUUAAGCACAGUACCGUUUCUUAAAAUCGAACCCGUCCACUCACCCUCACGUUUUUCUCUUCCCCUCAGCUCCUGAAGAUCUGAAUCUAGAGAUUGAAAUCAAAAUUCAUUUUCGUUCAAAUGUUAAAUGCGAGUUCUUUCCAAUUCUAGAUAAAGCUGUUGUUUUGAGCUUUGAAGAUGGCGGAUGUUGAGGUAAAACAAGUGGGUGGUUCUUUUGGUGAUGCCAGUGAUGCCCAAAAAAAUGUGUUUGAUUUAGGGUCAUUUGUUGGGGACUUGACCUUUGAGGAAGAAGCAAGUGGUGAUGAUAUAUCAUUGGAAGGACUUGAGAAGGAGCUCGAAGAAUGUAAAAACUAUGAUGUAGUUACAAACAUAUUGUCCAAAGGUACAACACUAAGGGAGUACACGAAGGGGGUUGAGAAUGAUCUACGCCAAGUUGAGUUGGAAUCUAUUCAGGAUUAUAUUAAAGAAAGUGAUAAUUUGGUGUCCCUUCAUGAUCAAAUUCGUGAUUGUGAUGCCAUCUUGUCACAGAUGGAGACCCUUCUCAGCGGUUUUCAGUCUGAGAUUGGUUCUAUAAGUUCAGACAUAAAAGUACUCCAGGAGCAGUCAAUGGAUAUGGGUCUGAAGCUGAAGAAUCGCAAGGUGGCAGAGUCAAAACUAGCAAAAUUUGUUGGAGACAUUAUAAUCCCUCCAAGGAUGGUAGAAAUAAUUGUUGAUGGAGAGGUCAAUGAGGAAUAUAUGAGAACACUUGAGAUCUUAAGUAAGAAGCUGAAAUUUGUUGAAGUUGAUCUUAUGGUUAAAACUUCAAAAGCCCUAAAAGAUGUUCAGCCGGAGCUUGAAAAACUGAGGCAGAAAGCAGUUUCAAAGGUUUUUGACUUCAUUGUCCAUAAGCUUUAUGCUUUGAGAAAACCCAAAACAAACAUUCAGAUCCUUCAGCAGAAUGUUCUUCUUAAAUACAAGUAUGUUGUUUCUUUUCUCAAGGAACAUGGCAGGGAGGUUUAUACUGAGGUUCGUGCUGCAUAUAUUGAUACAAUGAACAAGGUUUUAAGUGCACAUUUCCGUGCUUAUAUACAGGCAUUGGAGAAAUUGCAGUUAGAUAUAGCAACAUAUAGUGAUUUGAUUGGCGUGGAGACUAGAAGCACUGGUCUUUUUUCAAGAGGAAGAGAACCAUUGAAGAAUCGUUCUGCUGUUUUUGCUCUAGGAGAUAGGAUCAACAUUUUGAAGGAAAUUGAUCAACCGGCACUGAUUCCACAUAUAGCUGAAGCUAGCUCCUUAAAGUAUCCUUAUGAGGUCCUUUUCCGGAGCUUACACAAGCUGCUUAUGGAUACCGCAACUUCUGAGUAUCUUUUCUGUGAUGAUUUCUUUGGAGAAGAAUCUAUAUUUUAUGAAAUUUUCGCAGGUCCAUCUGCAGUCAUUGAUGAGCACUUCAACUCAAUACUGCCAAGUUGUUAUGAUGCAAUUGGGUUGAUGCUUAUGAUUCGCAUAAUACACCAGCACCAGCUCAUCAUGUCUCGGCGGCGGAUCCCAUGCUUGGAUUCAUAUUUAGACAAGGUCAAUAUUUCCCUGUGGCCUCGUUUUAAGAUGGUUUUUGACUUGCAUCUUGGUAGUCUGCGAAACGCAAAUGUGAGGACAUUAUGGGAAGAUGAUAUUCAUCCUCAUUAUGUAAUGAGGCGCUAUGCUGAAUUUACAGCGUCUCUUAUUCAACUCAAUGUUGAAUAUGGAGAUGGCCAGCUUGAAUUGAAUAUGGAACGGUUGAGAAUGGCUGUUGACGAGUUGCUUAUGAAGCUUGCAAAAAUGUUUCCAAGACCAAAAUUACAGAUUGUGUUUUUGAUAAAUAACUACGAUAUGACAAUUGCUGUACUGAAGGAAGCCAGCCCCGAAGGCGGAAAAAUUCAAAUGCACUUUGAGGAAUUGUUGAAGAGCAACACAGCAAUAUUUGUGGAAGAACUACUGCUGGAGCAUUUUAGUGAUUUGAUCAAGUUUGUGAAGACCCGAGCCUCGGAGGAUCCAAGUUAUAGUUCAGACAAGCCCAUAACUGUCACUGAAGUUGAGCCACUUGUUAAGGACUUUGUGAGCAGAUGGAAAGCUGCAAUCGAGCUAAUGCACAAAGACGUGAUCACUUCUUUCAGCAACUUCUUGUGCGGUAUGGAGAUCUUGAGGGCUGCAUUGACCCAGCUGCUGCUUUAUUACACGAGACUUUCAGACUGCAUAAAGAGGAUUGUAGGUGGGUCUGCGCUGAACAAAGAUCUAGUCUCCAUAUCUUCAAUCAUGUACGAAAUCAAGAAAUACUCAAGGACGUUCUAAAAUCACCAUCUUACAUCUUACAUGACCAAAGCAUCACCUGCAACUUCUUUUAAGGUAUGCAAAAAAUUGAUGGGGAAAUUGCGAACGGUUUUGGUAAUCUAUCGCAAUAUACAGAAGACUGGAGACUUUUUUUCUUCCACAGAACUUUGCAUUGGUGGGGAAAAUAAAUUGAUCUUUUCCUAUUUGUAUUAUUUUCAGUGUUUUGUUAUUAUUAAGCUUCAAUUUAUUGGAGUUGAAGGAAACAAUACAGAAUGAAAAAAUAUGAAUAGAAUUGUAUUUCUCUCUUAUUUAUAAUUAUCUCAAUGAUACAAAAUUUAUA